AUGGCCAUAUACGAAACCACCACCCCAAGUUCCGAGGCUGAAACUGACGCUCACUACUACAUGCCCGUAAGGCUGAGACUCACGCACGAGCGGAGGGAUCCCGCGGACUUACGAAUCACUGCAUGCGUUCGUCCAAUGCGCGCCUGUUGCGAUCUGGACUUCGCGAUUCGGAUUCUAGUUCAACGCGAGGAAAGGUUGGGGCUGAAAUGCCGGAGUGAGCCUGUGAGGGUGACGGUGGGCGAAGACGAGGGCGAAGGCGACGACGAUGUGCCACUCCUUACAGCUGCCUGCGAUGCUAUCACAUCCUCGAGUCCAUGA